CAAUGCAACCCCGCAACACCAUCAAACAGCCGACACCUCCUCGAGCACACAGAAGCAAAGAUCAAGACGUAAUCUCCUUGUUAGUUGGAAGCCGUUGCAUCUCCUGCAUGCUGGUGAAGAGACCAAGCAUUCUAGGCCAAACAGAGACCGGCAAAGGGCGCCACCCCGCGUGCGCGGAGCUGCCCACGCACACCACCAGCUAUUCUACUCUAGAUGGUACCUGGCAAGCCCAAGGCACGGUUGAGAGGCCGACGCCAAGCGGCCUAUUCCUUGGAAACUAGCGCCAUUUCCAUUAUCUGGACGGCACUGCGGCUCCUCAGAGGCUCCUCUUCCGCAUCCAAAGGCGUGCCAACGUACCCUUCGCGAGCGAGACUAACAGACGAUGGGGGAAGAGAUUGGAAACGCUGCCAUGGAUCUUUGACAUAUCAUCGAACCCCUGGCAUUAGCAGACAUGCUCUCGUUGCUACCUUCGGCCACAUGCCCCAUCCGGCACACCUUCGAGAACGUCCAGUCCAAACCCACCGCCCACGAUGACGACACUGAGGAGAGGAGAAGUUGGCCCUGCUUGCUUUCCGUUGGGUCUCAUUUCGGGCUUUCUGUCCUGUUCUCCCGGUGGCAGGGAAAGGGGUUAUAACGAUGUGAUAGCAUAACGCACGCAUCCCAUCUGGGUGCGCAUCGGCGACACGACUAGCCCACCCUCAUCGGACACAUCUCCUCGCUUUUCCCUCGUCGAUUCGGGAUUCCUUCUCUCACCUUGUGCACCCUUUCCCCCAGGCCUCGUGUCAAAGCAGAGGCAGACAUAUCCGUUCGACAGGCAACUACAAGUAGAACGGUUAUUUGCUUGCACAUGGUGGAACGGAAGCCAGCUCUAUCCAUCAAAUAUGCGCAGUAACGGCCUCAUUUCGCUCCUUGUGAGCUUCCUGCUGCUCCUGUCCUUCGCAGUUGCGCAGGACUCUACAUCGACAGGGCCGCCCCCGCCAACAUCCACCGGCACCCCUACCACAAGCAAUGGCUCCACUGGCACUACCUCUGCCCCAACAAGCACAUCUACAGGCGGCGGCGGCAGUGGCGGCGGAGGAGGUGGCGGCGGAGGAGGCGGCGGCACCGACUCCAAUAGGGGCCCGCCAGACGUCCACCUUAAAGUGCCCGAGCUGUCUGUCGGCCGCAUCGAGCUCGACGUGGACAACUUGCGGGCCGACGUGAACCUCGCGGCCGAGAUCGCGGGCCUCGUGUCUAUCAACGCCGGCGUGCAGGUGGGGAUCAAAAAGGUCAACAUCACCAUCGCCGACGUCAACGCCGAGCUCGAGCUCGUCAUCCGGCUGGGCCACCUGGUCGAGAUUGUGAACCGCACGCUGCACACGCUGGACCUGAACCCGCUGCUCGUCAACGUGCUCAACGAGGUCGGGGACCUGAUCGACGCCGUCGUCGGCGCCGUCGACGGCCUGCUGGGGUCCAUCCUGCAGGGCGACAACAAGCUCAACUUCAUCAUCGACAACCUCGGUCAUAUCAUCCAGGAGACCGUCGGCGCCGCGGGCAAGACAGUCAGCACCAUCGUGGGCAGCUACACCCAGAACAUGACCUUUACGGGCCAGCAAAAGACGCUCGAGAACGGGUUGGUGCAGAAGACGUACGAGUACGAGGAGCUCGGGUCGCUCGUCAACGUCAUCACGAACGCCCUGGGCCAGGUCGUGCAGGCUGUCGUGGUCAGGGGCGGAAACGGAGGGGGUGGAGGGGGCGGUGGCGGAGGUGGUGGAGGUGGUGGCGACAGUAGCAGUAGUACCAUCACGACCGCCACAACACAGCAGCCGCCGCCGACUUCAACAUCAUAAAUACCUGACUGGGUGUAAUUUUUUUGGACGCGGUCGAGUUAAGGAGACGGAGAUAGUGAACAAUAAAACAUCCGUGGCUAAGAAUUGAUA